CUGUUUUUCUGUUGCUUUCUCUCUGGGUCCUGGGUCUUUUGGUUGGAGGCUUUCUUCAGCAACGCCCUCUCAAUGCAGGAGAGCGCAUGUAAAAGCGCCAAGAUAGCGCCGCUUCCCGUCGGAACGAAGCCGACGAGUCGCUGCCCGACGACUGUCCGUAGUUUCCCUUUCUCCCCUUCGUUUCCCCGGUUCUUUUCCCCGGAAAACUCCGCUUUCUCCCCUUGACUUUUCUCAGAAGAACUCCGGAGUCCGCAUGCGGCGCCCACGAUCAGUCCCUGAAUCCUACACCCUGGGGAACCGGUUUCGGAGCUCCCUGUCGGGGUGACACACACACUGCUUGUUUUCUCUUCUCUCCUUUCUCCCUGCUCGAAACUCUCUCUGUAAUCCGCAAAGCAGAACGCAGACCCUUUUCGAUUCUCGUAAGAGUCCUCUGCUUCUGCCCCUUCCUUGCCUCCGCGCGCUCGCAGCAAGCGCCCUCUGGCGGCUUCGUCUCCUUUUUGCUGCGCAUCGCUGACGUCUUCUCCCUCCUCCCGCGGUCCAGUUCGCCUUCGCGGCCGACGCGUCUCACGCGUCUCUUCGGCAAUCGACAGAAACACCGCGACUCUGUUGGAGGCUCUGGCCGCGACUCUGUUGGAGGCUCUGGCCGCAGCUUCCUGGCGUCUCGCUUCUCUACUUGCUUUCCAGCCGACAGGCACACAGACGCAGCCGUUUCUGUGGAAGGAGGGCGUUGCUCCGGCUGCGUCCAGGGUGCUGACAUCUACAGACGGAUCUGUUUCGGAGCAUCAAGGCUUUCCGGGCGUUCUCGAACCUGUCGGCCGGUGCUCAGCAACCGUGUGGAGCGUAUCGGGGGCUCUGUGGAUCUGCUGACGGGAAGCUUCUUCAGGAGCCUCCCCAGUGCAUGCGCGCCUCCAUCCAAGUUUCCGUCUGACCUUUGCAACAUUCGGGUGAGUCUCUAGGUCCUCAGGCUUGCAUGCGAGAGAAAUCGCAUUCUCUCUGCUUCUGCUCUCCCUUGCGGAGGAACGCGCUGUCUCCGUUUUGUUUCUCUUCGUUGAAAGAAGGCGCUCGACUUCUGCGACGAGACGGCUUCUCUUCAGAUCCCUGGAGACAUCCGAAAAACGGAUUCGCCCCUCCGCAGAAUCGCGUCUCGGGUGCCUCGUCCUGCAACGCAGAGCGGAGAAACUUGGCGCGUUGGUCGGCGCUCUGUCGAGGACGAUACCUGCCCAGACAGAGGCCAGGACAGCGAGCCGGUGACUGAGAAGACGUCUGCUCGAAAAAUGCCGCCUUUGCGAACAUGCGGCUUGUUUUUGUUUCUUGUGUCUUCGAGAAAGCCGAUCUGUUCUCGCUCCCCUUCGCUCUCUCUCUCUUUCGCCAUGACGCGCGUGUGCUGAGACUUCCUCGUCCUCACGCGGCUGCUCACCGUCCUGCGGGAGUCCUGAAAGGCGGACAAAGAGAGACUUCACUUCCUCGGUCUUCUUCUUCCCAGUCUGCUUGCCUGAUUCGUCGGAAGCGGAGAAGCGGCGCUGAAGUCUGUUCUGCUCUCACCCCCGGGCGAGUCGCCACACCUUCUUCCAGCUUCUUCUGAAGCGUUUUUCUCGAGGAGAAAGACAUCCUUGCGUCUCGACAGUCCUGACAACUUCUUGGAGAGGUCUGGCGAACAAGGACCUGCCAUCCAGUCUCCCCUUUCUCCUCCCUCUCCGCGUCGCUGGUGUCUCUUCCUCUCCUGCCUCUCUUGCCUCUCUUGCCUCUCCUUUCUCUCGUACCUACUCUCGUACCUUAUUCUCGCCUUCCUCUCCUUUUUCUUCCACACACUCUGCCGUUUCUCCUUUCUUGUCACCUCCGCAAUGUCGGGUGCAACUCCAGGCGCUGUGGCAGCGCUGCAGCCUGCGAGCGCGGCGCCGGCGUUGUUCACGAUUCCGGCAGAUGUUGCGCCGUCGGACUUGCCUGACCAUUACUUGGGGCAAGAAGAGUUGCGCGGCAUCGACAAGCAAAUGGAGAAGCUCUUCAAAUGCGAAAAACUCGAUGAAGAAGAAGUCCGCAGCCUCUGCGCCGUUUUGAAGGACAUUCUUGUGCAAGAGGCGAAUGUGCAGCCCGUACGCACACCCGUGACUGUCGUCGGAGAUAUUCACGGACAGUUCCACGAUCUCCUGGAAAUCUUCAAAUGCGCGGGCACCUGUCCGUCUGUGAAUUUCCUCUUCCUCGGCGACUACGUGGAUCGAGGCCUGAACUCGGUCGAGUCCGUGAGCCUCGUCUUUCUCCUGAAGGUCCGAUAUCGACACAGAGUAACGCUGAUCCGAGGCAAUCAUGAAAGUCGGCAAAUCACUCAAGUGUAUGGAUUCUACGACGAGUGCCUGCGCAAAUAUGGAAACGCCAACGUCUGGAACUACUUCACUGAUGUUUUCGACUACCUCCCCUUGAGCGCGCUAAUUGAAGAUCAAAUUUUCUGUCCGCAUGCGGGUUUGUCGCCCACCAUCGAAACUCUUGACCAUGUGCGUCUUCUCGAAAGAUUCCAAGAAGUUCCACACGAAGGCCCGAUGUGCGACCUACUCUGGUCAGACCCUGAGGAACAGAUGCCUGGCUGGGGGAUGUCUCCGCGCGGAGCAGGCUACACGUUUGGUCAAGAUAUCUCGGAGAAAUUCAAUCACGUCAACGGCUUGAAGCUGAUCGCCAGAGCUCACCAGCUCAUCAUGGAGGGAUUUCAGUGGUCACAGGCGAACAACGUCGUCACCAUUUUCUCUGCGCCGAACUAUUGCUACCGCUGUGGCAACCAAGCUGCAAUCAUGAAGAUCGACGAGCACAUGAACUACACCUUCAUCCAGUUCAAUCCGUCGCUUCUGCAAGCCUCGGGAGCAGACAUGCAGAAACGAAUUCCGGACUACUUCCUGUGAGGGGAGACCGACAAAACAAACGAAGGCUUGAGGAGGCCAGGACAAACGCUCCGUGGUUCUAGAAACACAGGCGAGAAGGAUGCGAGGCGAUGAGGAAGAAUGCGAAGAAAAGAGAGAACGAGGCGAAGAGGGGAGAGCUAGAAGAAGAGGCGGACAGAAUAAGAAGGGAGGAGGGGAGGAGAAGGAGAUGAUGGAGAUGGUGAGAGGAACCAAGGAGGCAGAACAGCAGAGAACAGGAAGAGACGAGAGAAAGAGAAGAGACGGACGAAGAAGAGAGAAGAGGCCCUCGAAAGAGGAGUUUCUGGCAGAGUUCGAGAGCGGCGCCUUGCGUCGCCAAGGCAUUUGCUGACAAAGAACCAAGAAGAACGCAUCGAAGGACCAGAGGGAGGCUGUUGUUGUUUUGAAGGAGAAGAGAACGUGAAGAAUCCAAGAGUCGCGAGAGUGUUCUCCACAGGGAAAUCUGCAAUUAUUCAAGGCUGCUUCUGUGUUCAACUGCCCGGCGGAAACCGCCCCAGUCCAUCGGAGGCAGAACCAUCGAUCUGUCGAGAGAGUUUCUAUCGUUUUUUUCGCAGCUCUCUUUUUAUGCGUUUGUCUCUGGGGAGGGCAAAAAAAGUCGGUGAACAGAACUACACUACUUAUGCAUAUAUACAUGAUCCUUGUCUGUGUGUUUGCAUAAUAUAUAUAUAUAAUUGUAUUUAUACGCAUAUGAAUCUCUCUAGAUACAUGUUUGCAUAUAUAUAUAUAUAUAUAUAUAUAUAUAUAUAUAUAUAUAUUCAUAUGCAUUUGGGCAGGGCUGCACCGGCUGAAAGGAGACUGACUUCUGUGAAUGGGUGAACGAGUCCUGAGUUCGGCUUCGACUCGAUCGGUGGUUUAGCGUAGAAAGUGGAAGUUCCGUUUGUGGGUUCCGUUUGUGGGAGAGUGCAGUGACUGCGUCGCUUGUCUUUUGAUUUCGUUUCGGGACUGAGAGAGAAAGGUUUCUUCUUUCGACCGUUGCGUUUCUUUCGCCGACGAUAAGCCGAGUUGGACAAACGCAGUUGAACAAUCCAGAGAGGAGAAAGCUCCACAAGUGGGGGGGGAGCUGCGGAUGGCCUGGAUGUUCAGGGAGAAGAAGCAGGAAUCGUGGACAAGGUGCCUACAAAGAGACUGUGAAAAGAGAACAGGAAGACGACUAAGAAAAGAAGUCGAACGUGGAACUGAGGGAAAAGGAAAAGGUGAUGGAGAGAAGGCGGAAAGAAGGGGAGUGAAAGAAGACUGUGGCAGAGAGACUGGGAGAAAGCGACCAAGAGGAGAAGAGAAAGAAAGAAGGUAGACUACCUUCUUGUCAGGUCUCUUGCUGUGCAAGAGAGUCCUGGACUUUGCCUUAAAAAGAGGCAUUCUUGUUUCCUGUGCUGCGUUGUUCUUGUCUGUCACCUCCGUAUUGUCUGGAUAGGGCCAGAGAGCCUCUUCACAUCUGCUGUCGUCUUUGUCUUUUCUUCUUGGUCUGCUCUCGACUGUCUCGUCUGUCGUUUUCACACCGCUGCUGUUCUUCCAACUUCCGCGUCGUUUUUUUUCUGGUUCUCUUUUCUCCGCUGCUUCUUUUUCCUUUUUCCUUGCGAUUGCCAGCACACUGCCUUUCGUCCUUUCUCUUCGUUUUUUGCACUCUUUCUCUUUUUGGAGGCGGCCGUCCCCCCGGUCCCCGGGGCGUAUCGGUCUGCCCGGCGCAAGUGAGAAAGGCUUUUCUGGGAUACGAAUUGUGUAAAUAUCGAAUUCGCCGAACGCUUUCUCGCAUUUCGCUUUGGACAAUUGUUUAAAGGAAUUGAACGAUACCGUAAAUCGAACCUCUGUUUGCCGCUGAAGGA